CCCUUGAGUUGGUAUGACAGAAACUCAUUACGCCGCUUUCCCGACUUUCCCGGGAAGACAGAUAAGCGGGAGGCGGAGGACUUGACAAGGGGAAAAAGGAGGUGGCGCCCUCGUGCCUCGCCGAAGCCUGGCCCGCCCUAAUUUCUUUCCAGUCUGACUUCAACCGCUGGAUUCCGGGCUGGUUUUUGCUAACCCUUCCCGCCACAGCCUGCUUUCCCCGCAGCCAUGAACCGCGCGGGGAAGAAAAACGAGGAGACUCUCAUCGAGAUGGGGCAGACCAACGACGGAGAAGAAAGUAAUGGACCUUUGUUUGAAAGUACAUCAAAUACAGAUUCAGAAUUUCCUGGCAAUUCUGAGGGCCUAAGUACCACUGAGACCACAUUGCUCAUCUCUGACCUUCAAGGGAUUGAUAAGAGGCACCAAAGCAAGGAUUCUGUUUUCUUCAGAGAUGGUAUACGGAGAGUAGAUUUUGUACUUACUUACGUGGAUGACCCAAAAAUUGAUGGAGAAAAAAAAGCGGAUCGAAGGCGAACGUUUGAGAGCAAUCUAGUAAAAAAAGGUCUGGAACUAGAAACUGAAGAUAAGAAGGAGUCUGAAAAUGGCAAAACGUAUUUUGUGAAGAUUCACGCCCCGUGGGAAAUUCUGAUCACAUAUGCAGAAGUGCUCAACAUCAAAAUGCCCAUCAAGGAGAAUGAUAUUCCUUGCGCGGUGGAGAACCCCUUGGAGUGCAUAUCCUGGCCAUUUAGGCUACCAGAGAUUGUGAUGCACCCUGAACCCGACUACUUUACAGCACCAUUUAGCAAAGAAAGACAGGAAUUGUACCUCAUUGAAGAUGAGAAUACGUUUUUCUCCCCAUCUGUCAGAAACAGAAUAGUUUUUUAUAUUUUAACAAGGUGCCUAUAUGGAACAGAAGAAGGGAAGAGGAAGUUUGGAAUCAAAAGACUUCUCAGUAAUGGCACCUACUCUGCUGCUUACCCUCUUCACGAUGAAGUAUUACGGAGAGAAGAUUGGAAUUUAUUUUGCCUGGUUGGGUUUUUAUACUGAGAUGCUAUUCUUUGCUGCUAUUGUUGGGUUCAUUUGUUUUCUGUAUGGCUUGUUCACAAUGAAUGAAAAUAUGAGCAGCAAAGAAAUAUGUAAUCCAAGUAUUGGUGGAGAAAUUAUCAUGUGUCCAUUAUGUGAUCGAAAAUGUGAUUACUGGAGGCUGAAUUCUACUUGUGAGUCUUCACAGUAUUCCCAUUUGUUUGACAACGUGGCAACCCUCUUUUUUGCAAUAUUUAUGGGCAUCUGGGGAGGUAGAACUGUUUAAGAGGAACAGCAUUCAUGACUAUGGAAAACUGAGCUUGUUAUACUUUGGAGUAUUGUUUUGGAUCUCUUUAAUCAUAGCGAGCAUGAUAGCUGUGAUAGUUUACCGCCUUGCAGUCUAUGCUGCUUUUGCCAGCAUCAUGGAGAACACAGAAACCCUGCAACCCAUUCGAGGUUUGUUGACACCACAACUGGCAACGUCAGUCACAGCAUCAUUCCUCAAUUUUAUCAUCAUUAUGAUAUUGAAUUUCCUAUAUGAGAGGAUAGCCAUCUGGAUCACAGAUAUGGAAAUACCAAGAACCCACUAUGAGUAUGAAAACAGACUUACUAUGAAGAUGUUCCUUUUUCAGUUUGUCAACUACUACUCUUCAUGCUUCUAUGUAGCUUUUUUCAAAGGGAAAUUUGUAGGAUACCCUAGUUCUUAUACAUACAUGUUCAAUCGCUGGAGAAAUGAAGAGUGUGAUCCUGCAGGAUGCUUGAUUGAACUGACAACCCAGCUCACCAUCAUCAUGGCUGGCAAACAGAUCUGGGGUAAUAUUCAAGAAGCUAUAGUCCCCUGGAUCUAUAAUUGGUGGGGUCGUCGGAAGGCAAGAAGCAACCCAGAGAAUUUAUACAGUCGAUGGGAGCAGGAUCAUGAUUUGCAGAGCUUUGGAGCAUUGGGUCUCUUCUAUGAAUAUCUAGAAAUGGUUAUUCAGUUCGGAUUUAUUACUCUGUUUGUGGCCUCUUUUCCUUUGGCACCACUACUUGCUCUGAUGAACAACAUCUUGGAGAUUAGAGUUGAUUCUUGGAAACUUACAACUCAGUUUCGAAGGCCUGUGGCAGCCAAAGCUCAUAGCAUAGGAAUUUGGCAAGAAAUCUUAAAUGGGAUGGCUAUCUUAUCUGUUGUCACAAACGCUUUUAUUGUAGCCUUCACAUCUGAUAUGAUUCCUCGAUUGGUAUACUAUUAUGCCUAUUUUGUGGAUUCUGACUUACCCAUGUCUGGAUACAUUAAUAAUAGCCUUUCAGUAUUCCGAAUCUCAGAUUUUCCUGAAAAACACAAACCUGAACAGAAUUCAGGCAAAUUUACCAGUUGCAGGUACAGGGAUUAUCGAUAUCCACCAGACCAUGAGAAGCAGUACAUGCACACAAUGCAAUUCUGGCACAUCCUGGCUGCAAAAAUGGCUUUUAUAAUUAUUAUGGAGCAUGUUGUCUUCAUUGUAAAAUUCUUUGUGGCCUGGAUGAUUCCAGAUGUCCCAUCUGAGGUGAAGGCUAAAAUAAAACGUGAGAAGUACUUAACACAAAGAAUCUUACACGAGUAUGAACUCAAUAAAUUGAAACAGAAGUUGUUUGAAGGUAGGACCUGUGCCAGCAUGGAAAAGGAAGUCAUAGCUAGUGAAGGAAUAGUGGAGUUAUCAGAAGCCAUGUAACUCGAAGUGGGACUCUUUGCCUGGAAUUGCAGCCUGUGAAAGUUUGUUGUCCAGAAUCUCCAAUGAGCUCUAUCCAUAGUAUGCCUUGAAAGCUUUCUGGUAUUUUUAACCAAUCUACUUCCUAAAAAUAUUUAGGAAGGAGACAAUAUGGUUUGACUGUUGGGCAGUCCACAUACCUUCUCCACCUGCCCCACCUUUGUUUGGGCUCUUUAACUCUGAAGGCUUCAGUUUAUGUCACAGCAUUUUCUCUCCCACUGCCUUGUCUUUGUAAGACUAUGCUUUCUUGGAAAUACUAUUAUCUUAAGUGCUUUUGGAAUGAAUAGUUCCCAGAUCUCUGUGAUGUAAGCAGGAGUUCAAAAACAUAAACUGUAAAUACCGAAAGGGCUUACCCCUUGUUAGGUUUGGAGAGUUGCCAAGAAAGAUACAAAAUUCUCCCAACCCAGAUUUUUUUAUGAGUGCAUGCAUAAAUCAAAUGAUAAGGCCAAGAGUCUGAUGUGAGGUCUUCCACUUAUUGCACGGUCAACUCAUGGUGCUACAGAUGGAAAGGAAAUUGUGGUGUUUUAUCAUUGUCUUGGGAUUUUAAAGAACACCAACAGAUUAUGGUGGCCCUUACUCAUUUUAAAAUGACUGUUCCCAAAUUUAAAAUCCUACUCAGCCUAUUAAUAAUUGUUAGCUUUGGUGCAAUUGAGAGGAUUUAGCAAAGCAAGAACAUAUAUAUUAGAGAAACUUCUUUGGAAAGUUUAUUCCAAGAGGUAAAUGUUAGAAAAUCAGAUGCCUUGCUCAGUAUUAAAGAAGUACUAUUCUAUAAUUCUCUGCUUGCCCAUAGGCGCUAUUGUGUACUUUUUGAGCUUCAUAAGGUAUUCAAGCAUUUAAUACUUGGAAAAUCUUACACAUAUCAUGAAUAUAUUUCUGUUGCACAAAUAUGCACCUUUGAAUGCCUUUUUGAAGUGGACAGUCUAUUUGCCUGUUUUUAAAGGCUCAAAUAACAAUUAUAGAUUAUUUUUCAAUGGGGUACAAUUAGAAUUUGAUUACCUUUUAAAGCAAAACUCAAAACCAAAACUAAUGUGAAAUUUAGAUAGAAAGUAUUUGAUAAACACCCAAACCACUGAAUUGAUAUGAAUUUUUGUCCACUAAUAUGCUAUUUUAACAUACUUAAAUAUUAAAAUAGCAUAUUUUCAAAUAUCUAAAGAAGGGCUACCAGCAAAGCCAUUUCUUGUGACUCUGCCUUAAAAGUUGAUCUAUUUCUUUGUAAAGAGUAUGUAUCCUUAGUAAUUAAUGAAUGAAAUAUUAUGCACAUUAUUUUAGUCACAGUCCCAAUGCUAAGAAAUUGUGAUUGUUUAAAUAUUGUCAAGGAAUGUAUCCUUAAAAGGGGUAUGUUAAAACAAUUUUGAAGAUUUAUUGUCUUAUUUAUCAAUUUUGUGUGUCUUGUGUAUGUGAAACUAAUUAUAAGCCUUUUACAUUUGGUUUCCUUGUUUUGUUAUAUAACUUUAAAGAUAUGCAACUAUUUUUGAAAAUUCACUACAAUUUUAUAGCCAAAUCUAUUUUGCCAUUGCUUAGUGCCUUUUGUAUAUUCAUUUAAAAAACAAAGAAUGGGUGUGAAAAUGUUAGUUCUUUUAAUCAUAUAGCAUAAUGUUAUAUAAAAAUCAGUUCACAGGUAUCAUGUGGUUAGCAGCUUUUAUACUCAAUCAUGUCUAUCAGUAACUUAUCCAGACAGGAGCAAGUUUUGCAAAUUUCCAAUUGAGUUAAUUCUUUAUAAUUAAUUAAACUGAAUUUUAAUCCAGGAAUAUAAACAUUACUGGAUUUAUCAAUCAAAAUGAAGCAUGUUGGACAUCAUAUUUCACUAAGAUAAAGUAUUUGUACUAAUCAACUAUUUAAUAUUGGAAAUUCCAGUCAGCAUGUGAAUCAGAAUUUCUGUUUAUUACAGUAAAAGAGGUAAAAUUAUACCCUCAAAAUACUAUCAAAAAUUUUCUUUUAGAUUGAUAAAACAGCAUUAUUCGCAGAUUUAUGUAUACAGUGCUGCUUGAACACUACAAAAUCCAAAAAUGGCUAUGUACAAUGAUAUUGUCUGUCAUUUAAUUUUCUUUGCUCAAGUUUUCAUGAAUUGAAUCAUUUAUAGGUUUUUAAUAUUAACAUAGCCUCAGAGCAAAGUAGUAUUUGGAUUUCAAAACAGAUUUCAAAAUUGGUAUCAAAUAUAUUGCAGAAUCUUCCAUCUUUUUUCAUAUGCAAAUAUAGAAAAUCUUUGGACUGUGCUAUAACUUGUUUGUUUAGAAUACUGAUUAGCAUAACCAGCUGUCUAAUCAUUACAAAAAUUGGAUUUCAGUAACCAUCAUCCUCUCAUCCAGUAUCUUAUUUAUGCAUAGGUCAUAGAAUCAGUGCAUAAUUUAUAGUGUUGGAUGUAUGUUUGGAAAAUAGUAUGACAAUAAUUAUUGUCUUUUGAAUUGUACUGAGAAUUAACUUUACUGUGUUGCACAGAUUUUGAAUCAAAAUUUUUAUCAUCCUUAAACAGCCUUGUUUUUGUUACUAUUUAUGAUUAGUCUAAUGUGCUAAAGAAUACUAUUUUAAUGCAAAAAAAUGUAUUCAUGGCUAGGAUAAAAAUAUGUAAUGUGAAUUUCAGUUUGCCAAAGAAUGCAUUGCAAUCACCAAAUGUCUACAUAUGUAGCCAUGGACGCACCCACUUCAUAACUGAACAUCACUGCUUCUUUCUUUAUAAAUGUUCUUAUAAAACAAAAUGGACAAUAUGAAAUAUUCGUAUCAAUGCCAUAUCUAAAUCCUUGUCAUAAUACUUUAUGGAGCAAACAGUACAUUUAACACUAUCCUGGUUUCAUGAAUUAUCAUUAAAAACUCUCUUUGUAUUCCAUGUAUGUGAAACAUUUGUAGGAUUUGUUUGACUUUUAAAUGUGCCCUUCUAAAUAUAUCAUAUUACAUUGAGGGUUUUUUAAAGGAAGGAGAUGCAAAGAGGAAGAAUGAAAUAGUAUGUGGUUGUGUCAUAUUCCACCAUAUGUUGUUAUUUCACAAGUUCAGAUCGUUUUCACAAAAGCAGAUUCUUAUUGUUUCGCUAUCCUCUGUCCAGGGUCACUGAAAGCAGGGGAAUGGGUAAACAAUGUUUAAAAUAAAUUUAUUCUUAAAGUA